AUGUGGUAUUUGAAGUAUUCGAUAUUUGUUAAUGGUGAAGAACAACAAUGCAUAAAAGCAUUGCUACCUGGGAAAGAAUAUACUGUAGGCAAAAGAGAUACCAAUAUUGUCAUACGACAUGACAACAGCAUUAGUAAAAAGCAUGUAACAAUAACGGUUGCUUCCAUGACAGUGGCAGGCUUGGAAGACGUUAAUCAUAGACCAAAACUAACAGUAACAGAUCACGAAACAACAUAUGGCACACGCUUAGAAGGAAAGUUAGUUCAAGGUUCAGCUCCAUGGCACAAUGAUGAAAUUAUGCAACUAGGAAGCUUAGGGUUCUAUAUGAAGGUGAUAUGGAAACCUGUUAUUGUAUGUCGAAAUGUCGUUAAAAGUGCUGAAAAGAAAAGACUGAUUAAGGCUGCAUAUCAAAUAGGGUUUAAUGUACUGAAAAAAUGGAAUAAUCAAUGCACUCACUUGUACAUGACGGAAUUGCUUGUUAGUGACAAGUUGAUGCAUGCAAUGGUUACCAAUAGACCAAUUGUAUCUGAAAAGUGGUUGUAUAGUUUAAUAGAGAAUGGUGAUGUUGAAGAGGCAAAUAGACAGACAGAGCCUAUCAUUUUAAAAGACUAUGGGCCAUUGAGAAAGACAAUCGAACUAGUGUAUAACCCAAAUAGAGAAGAGUUAUUUGAUGGCAUAGAUUUUUGGAUAUUUGAUCAAGCACAGAAAGUAUGA